GCAGCUACAUGGGAAUGCCACGUGGGAUCUGGCCCCAAUCCCCUGGCACAGCUCCCCGGCAUUCUCAUCUCUGGGCAAGUGUGAGGGUAAAUGCUUCCGAGGGAAGGAGCAGUUACCUGGAUGGAUCCUGGAUUUUUAGAUCUUUCCAUAGGAAGCAACAAAAAAGACACACCAGGAAGGAGAGGAAGGGAAAACAGGAAAAGGGGCAAGAGAGGAAGGACGGCCGCAAAGUGAGAUGGCAACCGAUGCCUCAGGAUGCUCUCACCAGCGCCAGGGCAGGUCAGCAGAAAUGUGUGUGCUCGGACCACCUGCUUCAGCAUAACCUUGACCUCCAGGUUGCAAUUUGGACUUCCUGCCCAGGCAACAUAGAGCUACUUGUGUUUCUCUGGCUGAAGGCACAUUUUCAGAAUGUAAUCACAGGUAGUACAGCUAGUCCAGGAUUUUGUCACCCUUCCUGGUCUCUGCAAACUGCCCCACCCCCCAAUAUGUUUCCCGUUUUUGUUAUUGUUGUGGCUGCUGCUUCACCUUCAAAUGUAUUUGGGAGUAAUUUCAAAAACCCACCUCUCCCCAUCAUAACCAACAAGAACAGUGUUUUUCCAAAUUCUUUGUCAAUGAACCAUUGUUAAAAAA